AUGGAUAUAGAAGAAGAGGAAAAAACAAUAAGCAUUCUGCGAGAGCAUAAUGAUAUUUUCGCAUGGAGUAUGGAAGAAAUGCCAGGAAUAGAUCCGUCUGUCGCAUGUCAUAAAUUAGACAUUAAGAAGACUGUAAAACCGUUCAAGCAAAGGAUAAAGAAAAUUGCAACUGAUUAUCAUCCAAAAAUAGAAGCAGAACUACAAAAGAUAUUUGGCAUCCCUGCACAAUUGGUGUCUGAUAAUGGAAAGCAGUUUGAAGGCGAGAAUAUAGCAAUGUUGCUCAAUGCGUUCAAAAUUCAAAGUGGCAAAUCUAAUCCUUUAUAUCCCCAGUGCAAUGGAAAAGUAGAAGCUACAAACAAAAAAAUCGCAGACAACCUGGAGAAAAAGUUAGAAGGGCACAAUAAAGGAUGGUGCGAACAAGCAGUGCUACCAACAGAAGUGAUCAUCCCUACCACAAAAAGAGAAGCUUGGGAAAAGAAUUUAAGUGCGGACUUGAUUUUAACAAAGCUAGAUGAUUUGGAAGAAGUAAGAGAAGUCGCUUUGCAGCACAUGGAAAAUUAUCAAAAAAGACUAGCUCGGGAAUAUAACAACCGGGCUAAAAUAAGAGAGUUCCAACCAGGCGAAUUAGUUUUGCGCGAGAUUCCAAUAUAUCAAAAACGAAAAGAUGGAAAAUUGGAGAAAAGCUGGGAUGGACCUUACAUAAUAAAAAGAAUAGUUGGAAAGGGAGCCUAUGAAUUAAUGGAUCAUGAAGGACGAAAUACAUGCCGUAAACUAGAUCGCCCUUGGAAUAGGCAAUUCUUGAAAAAAUAUUAUCCAUAG